UCGGUUUAGAAGGUUUGGACUCACUUGACAGGUUCAGUUGGAGGCGACCAUAGGUGGCUGCUGUGACAAAGGGAAAUUGUGCUUUUCCAGCAUGCUAACUGACCCUGAUUUACCUCAGGAGUUUGAAAGGAUGUCUUCCAAGCGACCAGCCUCUCCGUAUGGGGAAGCAGAUGGAGAGGUAGCCAUGGUGACAAGCAGACAGAAAGUGGGAGAAGAGGAGAGUGACGGGCUCCCAGCCUUUCACCUUCCCUUGCAUGUGAGUUUUCCCAACAAGCCUCACUCUGAGGAAUUUCAGCCAGUUUCUCUGCUGACGCAAGAGAACUGUGGCCAUAGGACUCCCACUUCCCAGCACAACACAAUGGAAGUUGAUGGCAAUAAAGUGAUGUCUUCAUUUGCCCCGCACAACUCAUCUACCUCACCCCUGAAGGCAGAAGAAGGUGGGCGCCAGAGUGGAGAGUCCUUGUCCAGCACAGCCCUGGGAACCCCGGAGCGGCGCAAGGGGAGCCUGGCAGAUGUCGUGGACACCCUGAAGCAAAGGAAAAUGGAAGAGCUCAUCAAAAACGAGCCAGAAGAAACUCCCAGUAUUGAAAAGCUACUAUCAAAGGACUGGAAAGACAAGCUUCUUGCCAUGGGAUCAGGGAACUUUGGAGAAAUAAAAGGGACUCCAGAAAGCCUCGCUGAGAAGGAAAGGCAGCUCAUGGGUAUGAUCAAUCAGCUGACCAGUUUGAGGGAACAGCUGCUAGCAGCUCACGAUGAACAGAAGAAGCUGGCUGCAUCUCAGAUCGAGAAACAACGCCAGCAAAUGGAGCUGGCUAAGCAGCAGCAGGAACAGAUUGCAAGACAACAGCAGCAGCUUCUGCAGCAGCAACACAAAAUUAACCUUCUUCAGCAACAGAUCCAGCAGGUCCAGGGUCAGCUGCCUCCAUUAAUGAUUCCCGUAUUCCCUCCAGACCAGCGAACCCUAGCAGCAGCUGCACAGCAAGGAUUCCUCCUUCCUCCUGGCUUCAGCUACAAGGCGGGAUGCAGUGACCCCUACCCCGUUCAGCUGAUCCCAACUACCAUGGCAGCUGCUGCCGCAGCAACACCGGGCUUAGGCCCACUCCAACUGCAGCAGUUGUAUGCUGCCCAACUUGCUGCGAUGCAAGUGUCUCCGGGAGGCAAGAUUCCUGGCAUUCCCCAGGGGAACCUUGGUGCUGCCGUGUCCCCUACCAGCAUCCACACAGACAAGAGCACAAACAGCCCUCCUCCCAAGAGCAAGGAUGAAGUGGCCCAGCCUCUCAACCUUUCAGCCAAACCCAAGACAUCUGAUGGCAAAUCUCCCACAUCACCCACCUCUCCUCACAUGCCAGCUCUGAGAAUAAACAGUGGGGCCAGUUCACUAAAGGCCUCCGUGCCAGCAACAUUAGCGAGUCCUUCGGCCAGAGCCAACACAAUAGGUUAUUUAAAUGACCACGAUGCUGUCACCAAGGCAAUCCAGGAGGCCCGGCAGAUGAAGGAGCAGCUACGGAGGGAGCAGCAGGUGCUGGAUGGGAAGGUGGCCGUGGUCAACAGCCUGGGUCUCAAUAACUGCAGGACAGAAAAAGACAAAACAACACUGGAGACCCUGACUCAGCAGCUGGCAGUAAAACAGAGUGAAGAUGGGAAGUUCAGCCACGCAAUGAUGGAUUUCAACAUGAGUGGAGAUUCUGACGGAAGCGCGGGAGUUUCGGAGUCUCGGAUUUACCGCGAGUCGCGAGGGCGCGGCAGCAACGAGCCGCACAUCAAGCGCCCCAUGAACGCCUUCAUGGUGUGGGCUAAGGACGAGCGCAGGAAGAUCCUUCAGGCCUUCCCUGACAUGCACAACUCCAACAUCAGCAAGAUACUAGGAUCUCGCUGGAAAGCUAUGACAAACCUAGAGAAGCAGCCAUACUAUGAGGAGCAGGCCCGGCUCAGCAAGCAGCACCUGGAGAAAUACCCAGACUACAAGUACAAGCCCAGGCCGAAGCGUACCUGCCUUGUGGAUGGCAAGAAGUUACGCAUCGGCGAGUACAAGGCCAUCAUGCGCAACCGACGCCAGGAGAUGAGGCAGUACUUCAAUGUUGGGCAACAGGCACAGCUGCCCAUGGCCACGGCGGGCGUGGUGUACCCGGGAGCCAUCGCCAUGGCGGGAAUGCCCUCCCCACACCUGCCCUCGGAGCACUCGAGCGUGUCCAGCAGCCCCGAGCCCGGCAUGCCCGUCAUCCAGAGCACUUACGGGGUCAAGGGCGAGGAGCCGCACAUCAAGGAGGAGAUGCAGCCCGACGACGCCAACGGGGAGAUCUACGACGAGUACGACGAGGAGGAGGACGACCCCGAUGCAGACUAUGGCAGUGACAGUGAAAACCACAUUGCGGGGCAGGCCAACUGAUCGGGGUCCCCAAGGCUCGCCAACUGCAGGACUCCAAGGAGGAAAGAAAAAACAAAUAAAUAAAUAAAGCCCCAUCUGGUUUAUCCUUGCCAGUGGCCAAGCACAUUAACUUUCUCAUACACUGACUGUUACUUUAACUGUUAGUCUUAACUAGUUGGGACAUCAGCUGACUAAUAGACAUCAGCCUGCAUCAGAAGAAAAAAGGCUCAGAAGAAAGGAAACAAAGACAACGACAACAACAACAGAAUGAUAUAAGCUAUGGGUAAAAUAAUGCCAGUAAUUCAGCUGCUAUACCCAAGCACUGAAGUCUUACCCGUUGACCUUUUAUUAUUAUUAUUUUUUUUUCAAAUAAACUUUAUGGCUGUUUGUUCUACAAUGUUCUAGAAAUUCUCACUCAGGUACACAGUGCCAACAAGUGGCUUGUGAAUGUGUUUUGUUGUUUUGUGCUACAGUUUAAAGAGAAAUAAUUUUUUUUUUUUGGUAAUGCACCUGACAGGAAAAAAAAAAAGAUAAAAUUCCUUUUAACCCCCUCUGUCUCUUCCUCCUCCUCCUCUUCUUCCUCUUCCUUCACCUUCUCCUCCUCCUCCCUGUCAAAUCUGGGUCAGAAGUGUGUGUGUGUGCGUGCCUGUGCGCGUGGCUGGCAAGGAAGGAAGUGGGGAGUCUUUCUGUUAACCCCAACAAGCAUUUCCUUUCAAGAGAGGACUUCUCUUCAUCAGUUGCACACCAUACUGAGUCUUUGAGCAAGUGCCAAAUUUGUACUAAAGCGCUGAACUAGUCCAAUUUGCUUUUUUUAGGUUGGUCUCUUCUUGUUUUGUUUUUCUUUGGCUUUUCAUUUGCUUCUUGCUCUGUCUAAAGUUAGGACAGUGUUAUAUCUUAGACAAUCCCUUGAAGAACCUGAUAUACCAGCAGCUGGUGAGAUUAGACAUAUAUUUUUGCUUUUGCUUUUUAAAGGAAACUGUAGGUGCUGUUCUCAGGUGAAAAAAAAGAGAGAGAGACAUAAGAAAUUUAGAGAAAAAAUAUUUUAUGGUCUUGGAUUUUCAUGUAUGCGUGUUUAUGGUACUAAUAAGAAUAAUCUUGGAUUAUUGUGAGCAAAAAGCAUGUUCCAGAAUGAAGUCCUGCACCCUCCAAGUGACUUGGUCUGUAAGAAACCUUUACUUUUAGUUUGCACUUCAAGUGGCAGCAUAAACAACAUAAAAGGCUUGUCCAAAAUGUGGUUUGUUCUGCACGGGACACAGCAACUGGGAGUGUUACCACGCACUGAGCAUAAUUAAGUUACCAGUUACCACCAACCGGCCCCAGUUCUGAUGAACUUGUAUGUUCAGGGUGGUUGAGUACUGAUUUCUGAUUCAAAAGGCAAUUUUUUUUUUUUUCCACUGACUUCUUUUUCUCCUGUGCACUGGCAGAAAUUCUUCUUUUAUCAGUGGGAUGUUUGUGUGGGAAGGAAGGCUGGUAGCUCUGAGGAGAUUUCCGUAUUCCAAGUGGGGUUACAAGAAUUUAGGCCGCUGCAGUGCUGAGUUUCCCUCCCUGCUGCCUCUCACCACUGAAAAAUCAUUCUCCUGUGCUAAACUAUUUCCAGUCUUGUUGUAGAGCACUCACAUUGCUUGGGCAGUUUUGUCUUCCUUGGGCAGCCACAGCCCAAGGUGUCUGGGAGCUGCUCUGUGCCCAGGAAGGGAAGGGAAGGUCUUGGCAUCGUGCUGAGGCAGAAACCUUCCUCUGACUUGUUUCUUUAACUGGGGAUUCCAGCUUUAUGUUGCUUCCUUGUAAAUUCCUACUCCCAGAGGGAGCUGCAUUGCUGCUGUUAUCACCUCUAACUUGUAAAGUUAGCCCCACACAUCUUAGUGGCCCAAGCACUCACCAGAGCCCUGCUCACCACUGUUUGGCAGCCCUGAUUUUGCAAACAGUCCCUCGAUUAGGCAAAUUCAGCCCUCGAUGCCAGGUGCAGGACGAUGAACAGGACAGGUAGGAAGGGGGGAAUGCCUUUCUUUGCCUCUCGAAAUCCCACUUCAAGUGUAACUUGACCUCUGCAGACCUCGUGCAAAGCAAAAAGCAAAUGCCAUUGAACACUUAGGACAAUGCUCCAAUGUUUGGGCACGUGACAGUUUUACCCUGCUACAUCUCUUUUCUUUUUCUUACGUUUUCCCUGUUUCGAUUUCCACCUCUGCUUUGAAAAAUUCUUUUCCAUUUUCUCUCUCUCAGAAGAUUUGCUCUGAAAUUAUGCUUGGAGUAGCUGAUCAUAUCCUCCGUGUCAGAGAGGGUUCUUUUUUGCUUGUAUUUUAUGACUGUGUUGGGGUUUUGGUUUUUUUUCAGUUGAACUGCCUCUUCUUGCUAGUGUUGAAUGGUAAUUAUAAUAAUAAUAAUAAUGGUCAGCUGUUCCCAGAUUAGUAAAUUAUGUAUAAUUUAUUUACACCCCCCCCCCUUUUUUAACUUUAUUUUAUUCUGUUCUAAUUUGGCAGUGCAGCAAAUGAAGCUGUUAGGCUAUUUAAAAUGGAUACCCCUCCCCACCUUACCUUUUUAUAUAUAUAUAAAUAUAUAUAUAUAUACAUAUGAAAACAAAUCGCUUCUUCUUCUGCUCACACCAUUUCUCUUUCUUUUAUUUUAAUUUUGGCCCCAGCCAUGUCAACUUCUGAUGUUUAUUAUGAUGGAGUGAAUUAAUGGGAGUGUUGUUUUCAAUCUUAAUUAACUUCUGCUCUCUCAUCACUUAUUUUAGUUAUUUAAUUACACCAGUCAUCUAGAGCCAAUUUUUUUGAAGCACUCUGUUUGGAUAAGAAGGAAAAAAAAUAGACAAUUGUUUUUAUAUCAUUAUUAUGUACAAUGUGAAAACAGAUAUUUGCUCCUUUUUAUUUUAUUUUUUUUUUAACUUUUAAAUUUGUUCCCUGUCUUUGUGAACAAAUUACUUCUGACUCUUGUGGGUUCACCUCACAUUUGCUGGAUGCUUGAUUUCCACCACAGUUGAGAGACUCUCUGGUUUAAUUGUGUCACUUCGGGCGACCAGGAUACUUUGUUUUAGCUCCAGGUAGGUGCCACGCUGCCAGGUGGGGUUGGAGCAAGCCUUGGGGUGGCAGGGGUCAGUGGGAAGGGGGCCCUUGGGCUUCAGUGGGGCCAAGUGACAGCCCUGAAUUGCGUGGGAGAGGCUGCUGGGGGCAGCCUGGUGUCCAUGGGCACCAGGGAUGGGGUAGUGCCUGCUGUCCCCAGCCUGGUGUCCAGGGGCUCCAGGGGUGGGGCAGUGCCCUCCCCAGAGCCCCCAGCUCUCCCCACUGCCCCAGCCAGGGCUGACUUUGUCCCAUGCAUGUUCCCUGUGACAGGCUGUGGCAGACUGGCCCCCUCCUCCACUUUCAGGAUGUUGAAACCCAUGCAGAAAUGUUUAAAAGGAAACAAAAAAAGAGGCCAAAAGAUGAAAAAAUAAAAUUUUUAAAAAUGGCUUUGGCGUUCCACACCAGCAAAAUGCGUAAUGCCCAUGCUAAUGUUUUCUUAGGUCCAAGGAUGAGCACCCAUGUAUCCUUCAGCAGUAGAAGACCAUGUUUGAAAAUAGGGUACUGUUUGUCCCUCUUGAAUUUUCUGGGGGGAAAAAAAAACCUAAAAAAAAAAAUAGCAAAAUAUACAUUUAUAAAAAAUUAUCUUCUUCUUUAUUUUUUUUCCCUGGGCUCUGUGCCCUGGAGCAUGUAGAAAAACCAGGUUAGAAGAGAUUAGGGUUUAUUAACCUCGAAGCUCAUUGAGGCCCUAAUAUCAAGGUGGCUCUGUCCCCCCCUUCCCUGGGGAGCUGCUUGGGGGGGUGUACAGGCCACCUCCUCCUGAAUGGGGCAAGCCACCAUGCAUCUUAGGAGUUUGAGAAAGAUCUCCAACAGUGGGGAAAGGGGGAAAAGAAAGCAAAAAAACUGAGGCACUUGCUUCUAAGCUCAAUUAAAUAACACAGAGUAUAUCCUUUUUUCCAUUUAUUCAUGCCUUAUAUUAGUAAAAUAGGAUUUUUAAGUGCAUUUAACAUCUUUAUCUAACCGUUCCGCUAUAUUAAUCAGGCCCCCAGAAAAGAACACUAGCUAUUAUUAUAGCAUUUAAUUAGUUUUGUAACCAAAUCCUCUUAUUAUGAAUGCAUAUGGAAGAAAUUCUUUCUUCGAAGACAUUAUUUCAAAGAUUUGGUUACUGCAGUAGACUGUCUUUAAUUAAAUCAUUUUUUAGAAAGUAAAUUGUCUUUAACCUUUUUACAGCACAUUUUCAGAGCUUUUUCUUUUUAAUCCAAAGAGAUGAGCUGUUAUUGUCCCCGAAGAAGCCUCUGACAUCACAUUUGUAACAUCAAAAAUAAUUAUACUCCAUGGAAAUGUAGGUCUUCCUGAGCAAGAAUUCAUCUGCUGUAAAGAAAGGCAGCUGUGUGGUAUCUCGGACGUUUCAGGGCACAAGGUAUGGGAUAGGAAGUUUCUUUGUCUGACCACUUCUCGGUAGAACCAUCCCUUCCAUUUUGCAAAUAACUAAUUCACUAGAUGUGGAUUCAAGUGUAUCCUCAAUUCACAGGGCAUGGGCUGUCUGUUUAGCUUGGUUUAUAUUUACAUUUUUUCGACUUUAUCUUAACUUGUCAGUUUCCCAGAUUGAAGAACAUGUCAAGUUCGUUUUUUCUACUGACUGAUUUCUUUACUCCCCAGUGUUUUUUGUCACUGGUUUGCUGAAACAGUAUUUAUAUAGCUCCAUUGGCUCUAAAGCUCUUACUCCUUCUAACGUUUCGGAUUUUACGAGUGAAAUGAAAAUAGAAAAGAAAUAGAGACAAUCAAAUGCCUGGAGCUUAAAACAAAGUAUGUGCAACCUACCAUCUCACUUGAAAUUUAAUAAAAAAAAUAAUUAUGUAAAUAUAACAUAGAGUUAUAGAUUUAUAUUUUGUUCAUAACACAUAGUGUAAUAUAAGUUGUAUAUUUUCAUGUUUUGGUUUUAUGUUAUCAUUCAUGCCACAAUAAAUGAAAAAAACCAGGAGUUGAUGUACUCUUUAAAAAAAAUACAAUGUGGAUUGCCACCAUCCUGGGUUUUUGUUCUGGUUUUUGGGUUUUUUGUUUCUUUUUCAUUCCCCUUUUUCAGUAUUACUGCCCUGCAAGGCACCAAUAAAACAGCAAAUGUGUUCUUUACCUA